AUGGCAUGCUUGUGGUGCCCGAGCCGUGAGAUCCAGAAACUGAACCUCGCUCAUGAAGAUGUGCGGCACGUGAGCCAGGAGUAUGUCGAUGGUCAUCUUCAGCAGUUGGAGCCCGAGCCGAACCUGUGCCUGGCUUCACAGCCUGAGUCGCUCCAGCUCGACAGCUCCAGCGAGCCCGCCGAGGCGUUUGCACCCGGUAUCGUGGACGCCUGCACGCAUUGGGUCGGCGAGAGCAUUCUCAACAUCGCCACGAGUCUUUCCAACGCCAAGUGGUGUGCAGCUUCGGCCCUCGAGUUGGUGCUCGCGUGCGUGGGCCUCGCCGCGGCGACUGCGAACGCCGCCGUGAGUGGAGCCGGGGUCUCAGCCUUGGAGGCAGUCGCCCAGCGGCGCGACGUCGAGAUCGGGGACGGGGAGGGCGCCGUGAGCGGCGACGAGGACGAGGAGGUCCAGGAUUACUUCGAGCAGUUCCUCGAGGGCGACUCCGAGGAGAACCCGACGGCAAGCCCAAGAAGCGUAGGUCGUCUACGAGGACGCACAGGUCCAUCGCGCACCUGA